AUGGGAUCUGUGGAACGUGCCAUAUUGUUGGAGCAUUACAAUGGAAAAUUGCCCUUCUGGCUUAGUCCGCGCCAGGCCAUAGUUUGCCCUAUAUCAAAGAAAUCCGAGGAAUAUGCAAAACAGGUGAAAAACAAAAUCCAUGAAGCUGGGUACUAUGUUGAUGCGGACAUAACAGACAGAAAGAUCGAUAAAAAGAUGCGAGAAGCUCAGAUGGCGCAGUACAACUACAUACUGGUAGUUGGUGAAAACGAAGCUGCUACAGGAAAGGUGAGUGUUAUGAUAAGAGACAGUCCAGCUCACGCGGUGAAGAGCAUUGAGGAUUUGCUCGAAGAAUUCAAGAUCAAGGCUGCCGAAUAUCAAUGA